AUGGUUGAUAACACAAUUGCAGAAGAGGAGGAGGCAGUAGCUUCAAUAGACAUUGCAUUAAAUAAUUUUAUAGAUAUUUUGAAGGAUAGAUCAAAUGUUGAUGACACGGAAGCUUUUGAUGUUGUAGAGCCCAUUAAUACAAUUACUUGUUUUGAAAAAAAAAUUUUAUUUCCUAAUCCAACGACUACUUCAACUCUUACUGUAAAUAUAACAGCAGAAACAGCAGAAACUGCACUCUUAACAACACAAAUUCAGCCCGAGUUUACGUUGAGACUUCGAGCUUCCACUUUAUCACGUAGAGCAAGAGAAGCCGCUGAUUACUCGGAAAAGUCCAAUAAUAAAAUCAAAAAAACAAUUGACGUAACUACCAAAAAAUCUAAACCAGAAAGAACGACUAAUUCCAAAAGUUCAACUCUCACCUCCUCUCCCACCUUAAAAAGAACCAGAAGAGGUAAAAUGUGUAGUAAUGCUGAUAGUGAUGAUGACGGUGAUGACGGUGAUGACGAAGAUCCUUCUACUACAACAGACACUACAACUAAUGUAUCUAAUAAGGGUAAAAGCAAGGUGAAAACAAAACCAUCAAACAAAGGAAAAUCAAGAUCAAGUAGUAGUAGUAAUAAUAAGGGAAAGGUAAAAUCAGAUUAUGAAUCUGAACAAACAAUGAAUAAUGAAUCUAGUAAGGAAAAUAAAAAAAAAUCCAAGGCAUCUAAAUCUAAAAAGAGAAAGAAGGUAGAGGAAGAAAAAGAGGUAAAAUUAGAGCCGUAUGAUCCAAUUCUUGUAAAAGAGCUUGCAAAUGAAUUUCCCGAUCGGUACUGGGAAUUUAAUGCUGAAAGUGGCUAUGGAAUGGUCAAUUAUAUUAACGAGCAAUAUCCGCUCGAAUUAAUUAAAGCAGGUGUACAAGAUCAAGGUCCAAUUACUGGAAUGAUCCUUUCACCUGAUGGCACAAUGCUUGUCACAUUUUGUAAUAUUGGUUGUGUGAGAAUAUGGGAUGUAAAUGAUUUUCAAAUGCUCCAAAAAUUAAUAGAUACAGAGGAAAAGCAAAUUGAUGAAUAUUAUGUUGGAAGAUUUAUUCCAAGUCAAACACAUAUUGUUGUUGGAGGAAAAGUGAAAGAUCGUCACAAGUGGUCACCCGCUGACGAAGAUAAUCAUAUUUUACCUUGUCCUUUAAAGAUAUUUGAUGUAAUCACAGGAAAAUGUAUUGGCAAACUUGAAGGUCAUGCCGAAGAAAUAUUGUGUAUUAAGACUCUUAUGUUCAAUGGAGAACCUUAUUAUAUAACCAGUAGUCAAGAUGGCUAUAUUAUCAAAUGGAAAAUGGAAGAUGACUGGAUCACUCUCAUUGAUAAAAAACAUAUGGCGGAUGGGAUUACUUGUAUGGCAUUUACUGUUUCAUUUGUUCCUAACACUGGAAAUAAAUAUUUCUUGGCUGCUACAGAUGACACUGUUAGAUUAUAUGAUUUUGAAGCAGCUCAGUGCGUGCAAUCUUUUGAUAGUAUGUAUACUCAGUACUGUGAUUGUGGAAAAUUUAUUAAUCCUGUUGAACCUAUGGAAGAAAAAGUAGAUGAUGAUGUAAUACUGGUGGAGUCUAGUAAAAAGGCUAAAAAAAGAUCACUGCCACCUCAAACCGCCUAUUAUGUGACUCGUGGUGUUGAAUUGUUAGAUCUUAAUGCAUCACGACAGAAUGUUUGUAAAUUAUUUAAGUUGAUAUAUCCAACCAAAAAAGGUGGUAAAUUUGAAUUAAAAGAAGUAAGAGAAUACCAACAUAAAAACAUAUGGUUCCAAGACUCUUUAGCUAGUUUUCCUAACCGUAUUCUAUCUUCAUUAACAUGUUGGAUAAGCUGUGGUACUCGUGCUCUUGGUCCAUAUGAAACUUCAACAUAA